AUGGCAUCCCAAAUAGCGACACAGAUGGUCUCAUUUAGCUCAGUUGGUUGGCUCGCUGGAGGAUCUGCUGUUCCUGUGACACCUGUUGCCUGUCUCGUAGAGUACAGAAUCCAUGAGUUGUUGGUCGUCGACUUCGUUAUGGAGGCAAAGAUGGAGACCGCCGCCAGUAUCAUCGCUUUUAUCGACGCCGCGGCAAAAAUCACAUCACUCAUUAUUGAAAUCAAAGAAUUAUGGGGCGAAGCCAAAGCCCUCCCGGAGGAUCUUCGAGAUAUGGUAGAGGAGCUCGAUAUACUUGCUCUUGAUUUCGCAGAACUAAAAGAGCAGCUUGACUAUGAUCGAGAAUUCCAUCCCAGCAUCAGCAACUCCUCUAUAGAUCGCAGCUUUAUUGCCGCGAGGAAAGCCCAAAUCAUUCUGGAUGACCUUGUUAAAGAGAUACAGUCCGUGUUAUACUCAAAAAAGGAAGGAUUCCAGCGUACGAUGAGCGCCUUCAAGUUUCUGUUGAAGAAGGGAAAACUUGAGGGUUGUCAAAAGAAACUCAAGCGGUCUAUAGAUUUACUUCAUAUUGCUAUAAGUAUCCGCCAUAUGUCUACGACAAGGCAACAAGCAGAGACAAUUACCAGCCGAGUAAGGAGUGAUUUCCGACAACAACUCACAGAUUUCCAGCCGGAAUUCGUUUCCAUGAUCCAGACAGCGAUGCGGAACGAACAGAUACUUAUCAAGAGCCAGAACGAUAUCCAUAAGAAGGGCUCGGAGACUGAGAGAAAAGCAACAGUAACACAAAGAACACGACCAUGGCUUACUUAUACGAAUGAGUCUAGAUCCUGGCGAGCGCGGGUCCAGUUGCCAAGCUGGCUGUCACAAGCUGUUUAUGAUAUCCAGUUCAACACAACUAUGUAUAGCUGGAGUUUCGCCUGCCAGUCUUAUAACAUAAUCUCUCCAGAGUCAGAUAUUGUUCAGACAAUCCAGAAGGGAGACAAGGAUGGCGUAUUGAAGCUUUUCGAUACACGGAUGGCAUCUCCAUUCGACAAAGACCACCGUGGAUACUCGCUUCUCUAUUUCGCAGCGCAAAACAAACAAUACGAAAUAUGUCAAGUUCUUCUCAAACUGGGACUCAAGGGGUCUCUUACGGAAGUAGUUGGUGAAGGACGAGAGAGUCCAUUAAAACCACUCAUAUACCAGCCGAAUCGACAAUCGGUAGAAGAGGAAUGGAAUCGCAUAGUUGAACUGUUCCAAGCAUAUCUUCAAGACGUUGACGAGGUGCCGGUUAUCCGGCUCUUCGACUUCAUCCACGAGUGGACAUACAUGGAUGAUUUCAUGUUCAUAUUCAGGGAAAGGUUUAUGCCAAAGUACUACCACUGGCCGAUACGAGAUCGUCUCGAGGCUGUUCGCCUUGGAUCGUUCCAUAUCUUAACAGAAAAUAGCUUCCCCCGUCUUCUUUCUAAGGACUCGGUCAUCACGAGGUUGGACGUUUCUCAAUCCAGUACCGAGAAGCUCUCACUUGUUCAUUCAUCAGCUAUAGCUCUGGGGAUUCGGUUUGCUGAUGAAACUAUUCCUUACAAGAGAGCUGAGUUCCAGUGGCGGGUCUAUACUGAGUCAUGGAGGGAACUCGUCACCCAGAUUGCAUCCGUGGCAGCGCCUGAUGACCUUCAUAGCGUUGAGCUCGUGAGCCCUUGGGAUGUCCACCAUGUUCCACAUUGGCGAGGGACACCGCUAAUUUCAGUUAUCGGAGGAGUUUUGUGUUAUCUUUCACCAGACGUUACUUUCGUCCAUUGGGACAAGUCUUUCCAGGAAACUCUGCGUGAAUGGCUGGAAGGACUACUAGAAGCGGGAGUAGACUUGGCUGAGUAUGGCAAAGAAGAGCACAACCUUUUGCAUGGAGGACUUAAAGGCGCUUUUGACGCAGAUGCUAUAGAGGCUUCUCGGACGAUGACGAGAGAGACCUUGGCAAGGGCAGCAUACGGCGCCAAGGUAAGCCAAAAGGCUGACGAGGGAUGGAAUGUCAAUCAUUGGGUCCCCAUCCGAAUUAUAGAUAUAGCUACGGGACCAGAGAUAGAGGAUUGGAGAAUAUUUUGGGCCCCAGAGUUUGAGUACAUGGCGCGUCAGUUUUGGGAGUUGGUUGAGACAGAGGAAGUAAAGAGCGUUAUGCCUGGGUCAUGGAAUGAGAGUUAUUAG